AUGGCUACUAAUACUGACUUGGCUAAGGCUAAAGGGAGUGCGGAGACUUAUGCUGUGAAAUAUUUUUUACAGAAGUUUUUUUUACUUCCCGUGGAUAGUAAUUUGGAUCCGGAUGCUUUUGAUGGUUCGCCUAUGAUUAAAGAGAAGGAAGAAACAAAAUUGCCUCCUCGUCAGACUAUUACUACUCAGCAAGUAGAAAGUUUGAUUAAUUUGUUCAGGAGUAAGACUGCUGAUAAUAAAGAGAGGCAAACUAGGUUCUUGGAGGAGUUGGAUAAAGUGUUGGAGAAAAAAGGAAUAAAAGAGAAGACUACUAGUGGGAAUUUUAGAGAGAGGUUGCAGAAAUAUUUAAUUGCUACUUAUAAGAUUUUUCAGGAAGGGGAAAAAGGAGGAGUUUACUCCGAGUUUUCCCAAAUCUCUGCUUGUAAAUCCCCUUUUAUAACUGAAGUAACUCGUAAAUCUUACUACUUAGACCAGCAAUAUAUGAUUUUGAAAAAGAAGCAUAGAUUUAUAGAGAUUACAGGUGCGGGUGGGAAAGUAAAGUUUACUAAUUUUCCUACUCCUCAAUCUACUUUUACUUUGUCUAAGGAAACCCUAGAAAUCCAUAUCUCAG